GGGGAGCGGGAGGGGGAGGGGAAGACAGAGCCAGCGAGCGAGCGAGCGAGAGCGGUCGCGGGUGCCGCCGCGGGGAGCGGAGCGAGCUGCGGGGCGGCGGCGGCGGCGGCGGCUCCUCCAUCAUGUCGGCGGGCGGGGACUUCGGCAACCCGCUGCGGAAAUUCAAGCUGGUGUUUCUGGGCGAGCAGAGCGUGGGGAAGACUUCCUUGAUCACCAGGUUCAUGUAUGACAGCUUUGACAACACCUACCAGGCAACAAUUGGCAUUGACUUCUUAUCGAAAACCAUGUAUUUGGAAGAUCGAACACAAAACCGGCCCUUGUGCAUCUUUCCGUGUAUGUCGUUUUUAGUACGCUUUGUCUUUCCUUUCAGAAUCUUGCUGAUCAGGUUGCAGCUGUGGGAUACUGCGGGUCAGGAACGUUUCCGUAGCCUCAUUCCCAGUUACAUCCGUGACUCUGCUGCUGCUGUAGUAGUUUACGAUAUCACAAAUGUAAACUCGUUCCAGCAAACCACAAAAUGGAUUGAUGAUGUCAGGACGGAAAGGGGCAGUGAUGUCAUCAUUAUGCUGGUGGGAAAUAAAACAGAUCUAGCAGAUAAGAGACAAGUGUCCAUUGAGGAAGGAGAAAGAAAAGCCAAAGAGCUGAAUGUAAUGUUCAUUGAAACUAGUGCAAAAGCAGGAUACAAUGUAAAACAGCUUUUCCGACGCGUGGCAGCUGCCUUGCCUGGAAUGGAAAGCACACAAGACAAAAGUAGAGAAGACAUGAUUGACAUAAAACUGGAAAAGCCUCAAGAGCAGCCUGUCAGUGAAGGAGGCUGUUCCUGCUAAUACCACGUGGCUUCUACCUUUCUCCAGAACAUCACUGCUUUCCCUCCCUUUACUCUUCAUUGACUGCAGUGUGAAUAUUGGCUUGAACCUUCCCCUUUCAGUAAUAACGUAUUGCAGUUCAUCAUCGCUGGCUGUCUCGUGGAGAUGAUCUAUUAGCUUCACAAGCACACACACACAAAGAAAAAUGUCAGUGUCUUCAUUAUUUAUAAGAAAAAGCCAAAAUAUUCCAGCAUAUUCUAGUUAUAACUUUAAAAAGAUAGGUACAAUUUCUUAAUAUUUGUUCCUUUUUUAAUAUGUUAUGAUAUUGCACUUUGAAAUGAUGGAAACUGAGCAAGUUUUGAAUUGGACUUAGUGAGAUGUAUGUGCAGAAUAAUGCUUGCAGAGCUUACCCAUUUGAUUUCUCUAACAAACUGGAAAUGACUAGACAGCAGUUGAAAAUGCAGGCAGAGGAGGCAUAUGCCAAGGGUUAAAUGCUAUCCAUAUAAUAAAAAAAUAAAACCAGGCUCUUAAUCUUUUGAGCAGAGAUAGUCUGAAUGGUGUUCAAACCCCAUGUGUUUUUAGGAACGAAUGUUAGCAGGGGUUUUGAUAUCAUAAAAGGCUACUGGAUUUUUUAGUUCUUGCAGAGGCAACGCGAACACGUUUCCAAGAAAGCGUACUGAGAAAUACGAAGCGUCUUUCUGAACUGGAUGGAUGGCUUCUGGAGGAUCUCGGGGGAGAAGGGGAGGGUGGACGUGCAUUAGCAAAACACUUGCGAGAAACAAGGAAACAUGUUUUGGGUGCACAGCGAGUUUUAAGAGCAUUUUUUUCCUUUUAUGUAGAACACCAAUAAAGUAAAUUAUUACUACUUGAGAGAUUGGAAUGUAACGUUUCAGUUGUUCCGAGGAGAAAGCAUUUUGCUUCUUUUAAGAAAGGAGAAACUUUAAAUGAAUUCAAGACUGGCACUAAAAGCAUCUUAAGUUGAUUGGAACACUCAAAUUUGGCAAAAAGAUGAAGCAGCAGUUAAAUAAAUGAAUAGAAACGCUCUGGUAAGAGGCCAGUUAAAGACUGGGAUGGAGGGAGCAAUUUAAGGAGGAAUUGCACGUGCUUUUCCGUAGCGUGGUCAUAGGUGGACUAGGGGAAGGGGUGUUAACUUUAAUCGUACAGGAAUCUAGAUGAAAGAUCUUAGGUGGAAAGGAAGGAAUUUAAUAGGAUGGAAACUGAUUUAGGAUUAUGCAGAUCUAUGCCUUCAUUUUUUUAGCAUUUUUUAUGUUCAGUCUUCUGAGUUGGUUUAGUUUUUUCACUAGAUCUGUAUAGUUUGGUUAAAUAACUAGUAACUUAGUUUUCUAUUUAACUAGGCUUACUGUUAACCAGUUUUCUUCGGUAUUUAUUUCUUUGUUUAAUUUUUUACUAUUUUCGGUAAUUUUUGGUUUGGUUUUGUUUUGCGGCCGAAUCUGUUCAGAGCUUUGCUGAUGUCGUGAGGCGUAGCUGCCCCGGAAACACAGGAUCGGACACACUAGAAGUGCACCCUUUUAAUCUUUACUAGUCAUUGUGAAGUUGCUGUGUAAGUUAAUAAACACAAUUGUAAAUACAUUGUUUGCUGGGCGGAUACGGCUGAGUUACAGUGCAGGAAAGAAUUUGCGAGUCUGUUGCGAUUGCUACUUAGCGAACAAUUGCAAGCAAAUAUUCAGGCUCCUCCAUCGUUCUCUUCUGCCCCUCUACCACCGAAAAAAUAACCAACCGGGGAAGAGAAGGGAAUCGUCCUCACCACCACUUUCACCAGGAAAUGGGCAUGAAAGAUUGGGGUUUCUUCAUUCUUGGAAUGAAGGUUAAAACUCGUGUCCUAACCUGGGUUUGUAGCAACUCUGCACAACGAUAACUUAAAGGCAGGAUGAGAUGUAAAGUGCUUUUAUAAUGCAAUAUUAAAGGCGAGUUUUUUUGACGUGGCAUGUCUUGAAAUAAACAUCAAUGAUAUGUGA